AUGGGAAGUAACACGUCAAGGGACCUUGGCAAUAAUGCUUCUUCCUCUUCCUCUUCCUCGCGUCGUCAGAAUGGUCGUCCAACCAAAGCAAAACAAACUACCAUUCAAGAGUAUGUUGAUUACGGCACCACAUUACCUAACGGACUUUAUACAGCACAACAGGAUUACAAUAUAAAGAAUGUUCGACGACUCAUUCGUUUAUCUGACCCACCCGAACCGCAGCAAUCCGAAAAAGUGUCUUCCGAAUUGCCACCGUCACCACCAACUUUAACAAACAGUCGACCACGGAAGAAUUCUUCUUUGCAACAACAACAGCAACAGCAGAUAGAAGACCAAAGAAAAAAGACACUUUACAAUAACCCUGUUGAAUGCCCCAUUUGCUUUCUUUAUUAUCCAUCCAAUAUAAAUCAUUCACGAUGCUGUGAUCAACCGAUAUGUACCGAAUGCUUUUUGCAAAUCAAACGGCCCAUCGAAACCCCCUCGCUACCGGCUGCAUGUCCGUUUUGUAUGGAAGAUAACUUUGGAGUUAUUUAUGAAGCACCAGCGUGGAGCAGUGGCAGGCCUCGCUCCCCAUCAUCGUCAUCGCCAGCACCCACCAACAAUCGACCUUCCUCCAAAGUCAGUCCUCGACAUACCACGUCCGGUGUUAGUGACGGCAUGAUUCCACGACGCAAAAGUAUCAAUCAUAACGAUCCGGACGUUGUUCUUGUGGACCAUGUUCGGCCGGAUUGGCGCGAGGCACCUGUUCGUACUGGUCGGUCGCGUCAUAAUUCGGAAUCGCGUGGCAGUAACAAUGACAAUGGAUUCUUUCGUACUGCCUCGCCCUUGUUCACGCGUCCGGGUCGUUCGGCUUCGUCAGCUGCGCAUUCAGAAUAUCAUCAUUAUUUGACUGCCAUGAGGGAUAGGAACAUGGAUUUGGAAGACUAUUUUGUCAUGGAGGCGAUCAGGAUGUCGUUGGCUGAUCAAGAGCAACUGCAGCAACGUCAGCGUGAGCAGGAGCAACAACAAGAGGAGAACAGGUCAGCAGAAGGAGAUGGUGACGGAGGCAACGAACAGCAGCAAGAACAUCAACAACAAUCGCCUCCAUCUACGGAUAGCAACACAACCCCUCUCAUCACGACAACAGCAGCCACAUCCAAUAACUCGUCUACGUAA